AUGCCACCGCAUGAUGAAGUCAAGUCAUGUCUUAAAAGAUCUACUUUAUGGCCUAAGAUUAAUAUACUCAAACUGUCAAAAAAUAUGAGGGUACACUUAGGAGAGGAAAAGUUUGCUGGUGGAUUUUCAGAUCUUUUACUUGAAAUUGGCAAUGGUGAUUAUCCAUCGUUUGAUGAAAUGAUAACUAUCCCAGAAAAUUUGUGUACAGUUGUAACUACGGUUCAAGAUUUAAUAUCAAAAAUUUAUCCAGAUAUUGCUCAUAUUCAUGAUAAGCCUAUGGAAUGGUUGUGUGAACGUGCUAUACUCACUCCAAAAAAUGACCAAGCGGCGGCUAUCAAUGAUACACUGCUGAUGUCUUUUGAAUGGGAAGAAAAAGUAUAUACUUAUAUAGAUACGGUGGUCAACAUGGACGAUGCAACUAAUUAUCCGGUUGAAUUUUUAAAUUCAUUGAAACCACCGGGCAUGCCAUAUCAUAGGCUUAUUCUGCGUGUGGGCACACCUAUUAUGUUUUUGCGAAAUUUGAAACCACCUAAACUGUGCAAUGGGACCAGGCUUAAAGUCAAAGCUUUACAUCGCAAUAUAGUAGAAGCCACAAUUUUAACAGGAUGUGCAAAAGGGGAAACUGUGUUUGUACCACGAAUCCCUUUAAUUCCAAAUGAUCAUCCGUUCGAAUUUAAACGAUUACAGUUUCCCCUGAAAGUCUGUUUUGCAAUGACUAUAAACAAGUCUCAAGGCCAAACUCUUAAAUUUGCAGGAAUAGAUUUGCGAGAAAACUGUUUUUCACAUGGACAGUUCUACGUAGCUUGCUCACGCGUAAGCUCACCCAGUAACUUGGUGAUUUUGUCGCUUACUAAUAGAUCAGUGAAGAACAUUGUCUACAAAGAAGUUUUGUAG